AUGAAAGUUUUCAAAUCUUCAGUAUCCACUUGGAUCUUUCUACUAUUCUUCCUCAACUUCUUCCUUGUUUUUUUCACUCCUUCAAAUGAAGAUCAUAAGAUUCAUCAUAUUCAUUCAACUUCCUUGCCACAAGAGAAAUCACCUCAUGAAUUUCUCUUGAUCUCUUCAAAUAAUGGAAGCUACACUAAUAAUACAAUUCAACCAUGGAUUAAGGUUGGCCAUGGAAGAAAGAAUAAAACUAGUUUGCAAAAGAUUGAACAAGGUUUAGCACAAGCACGAGCAUCGAUUCAUCAAGCAGUUCGAUCCAAGAAAUACACAAGCACCAUCAAACAGAGUUUUGUCCCAAAAGGAUCCAUUUACUUGAAUCCACAUACUUUUCACCAAAGCCACAUAGAAAUGGUGAAGAGAUUCAAGAUAUGGGUGUACAACGAAGGAGAACAACCAUUGGUGCAUGAUGGACCUGUAAACAACAAAUACUCCAUAGAAGGCCAAUUCAUUGAUGAAAUGGACACAAGUAACAAAAGUCCAUUCAAAGCUACUCAUCCUGAUCAGGCCCAUGUCUUCUUUCUUCCCUUCAGUGUAUCUAAGGUCAUUCGCUAUGUUUACAAACCUCGACGAUCGAGAUUAGAUUAUGAUCCUCAACGAUUACAGGUUUUGGUCGAAGAUUAUAUCAACAUUGUUGCAAAUAAGUAUCCUUAUUGGAAUAGAAGCCAAGGUGCUGACCAUUUUCUUCUUUCAUGCCAUGAUUGGGGACCAAGAGUUUCUGAUGCUAAUGCUAAACUCUUCAAGUACUUCAUUCGAGCACUCUGCAAUGCCAACACUUCAGAAGGAUUUCGGCCUAACAGAGACGUAUCCAUCCCUCAAUUGAAUUUACCUGUCGGAAAGCUCAGCCAGCCUAAGACUUCUCAGCAACCCGAGAAUCGAACGAUAUUAGCUUUUUUCGCUGGCGGGGCACACGGCAAGAUUAGAAAGAAAUUGUUGAAGCAAUGGAAGGAAAAGGAUCAAGAGGUUCAAGUGAAUGAGUAUCUUCCAAAAGGUAAAGACUAUACAAAGUUGAUGGGCCUAAGCAAGUUCUGUUUGUGUCCUAGUGGACAUGAAGUGGCAAGUCCAAGAGUGGUGGAAGCAAUUUAUGCAGGGUGUGUGCCUGUGAUAAUUUGUGAGAAUUACUCUUUGCCUUUUAGUGAUGUGCUUAAUUGGAGCCAAUUUUCUAUGGAAAUUGAAGUUGGUAGAAUACCAGAAAUUAAGAUUAUUUUACAGAAUGUUACAGAAGAUAAGUAUAGAUUGUUGUAUUCAAAUGUGAGACGUGUGAGAAAGCAUUUUGAGAUGAAUAGACCUGCAAAGCCAUUUGAUUUGAUACAUAUGAUACUUCACUCUGUUUGGCUUAGAAGAUUAAAUUUUAAGUUAAUAAUUUAG